AGUUGAGGCUGCACGUUAGCCAGGGAGUUCCAGCAGCCAGCUCUUUGCACUUAUCACACCAUCACCACCUACCACCACCACCUACCACCAUCAUCAUUAUCCAUCCCAGCCAGCCUGUCGGCGGAAUACUCUCAGCGCUGUCAUCCUCCUCUGCUCUGUCCUAGUCGUGGCUAUUCCAAAGCCCUCACUUAACGCAGGAUCUAUCGGUCCUCUGGACUCGCUGACAGCUACAAACUGGAUCUGGAAAUGUCUGCAACACUUUUAUCUGCCUUCUACGACAUUGAACUGUUCUGCAAGAACGAGAAAGCUCUGAACAAUCUGAACUUUAGUACCAUGCUGGACAAGAAGGCUGUGGGGAGCCCUGUGAGCUCCCCUAACUCCAGCUUCAUCCCUGGCUUUCUCCGCAGACACUCUGCCAGUAACCUGCAAGCUCUGACCAACAACAACUCUCCCCCCAAAUUCUGCAACAACCCCCUAAAGGAGCCCAACAAUACAGGUUCCAGCAGCACUACGAGCAACACCGCCCUGAUGAACAAAGAGAAUAAGUUCAGGGACCGCUCGUUUAGUGAGAAUGGGGAGCGCAGCCAGCACCUCUUCAACCUCCAGCAGCAGCAACACAGCAAGUCUGGAGCACAGAUCAACUCUACCCGAUACAAGACUGAGUUGUGCAGACCUUUUGAGGAGAGUGGAGCCUGCAAGUAUGGUGAGAAAUGCCAGUUCGCACAUGGCUUCCAUGAGCUGCGCAGCCUGACUCGCCACCCCAAGUACAAGACCGAGCUGUGCCGCACUUUUCACACCAUCGGUUUCUGUCCCUACGGACCCCGCUGCCACUUCAUCCACAAUGCUGAGGAACGGAGACAGGCCCCUGGGGGCCAUAGCGAUCGUCCCAAGCUGCACCACAGUCUCAGCUUCUCUGGCUUCUCCAGCCAUGGGCUGGAUUCCCCACUGCUGGAGAGCCCAACCUCUCGUACCCCACCACCACAGCCCUCCAACUCCCUCUACUGUGAGGAGACCAUGCCAUGUGCCAACAAUGCCUUUACCUUCUCCGGCCAGGAGCUGGGACUGAUCACCCCAUUGGCCAUUCAAACCCACAACCUGUCGGGCUUUAACCCCGCAGCCUUCUGCCGCCAGCAGUCCUCCAACUCGCCACCCCCAACCAUCAACUUCCAGCCGCUGAGACGUCUGUCCGAAUCUCCUGUGUUUGACAACCCCCCCAGCCCCCCGGAGUCGCUGUCCGACCCGGAGAGCUAUCUGAGUGGCUCCCUGAGCUCUGGCAGCCUGAGCGGCUCAGAUUCCCCUACCCUGGACUCUAACAGGCGUCUGCCCAUCUUCAGCCGUCUGUCCAUCUCUGAUGACUGAGCCAAGAAAGACACCCUUGCAAGGGCAGCCACUUUCUCAGCUACAUUGAGCUAUUCAGAACGGCCUCCACAGCUCCCCCUCGUGUCUAGAACACAGAGGAAAAAAACUGCAAAGCCCACAGCUGCUGCAGAACUUCUUGGAUCAACAGUCAAAAAAACAAACCUUAUUUAAGACAGGUCUUGAAGAAGCAGAGUAGUGAUUGACAGGUCUGUGCUUUUUUAUUUUUCCUUUUAUUCUUAAGAUGUUCUGCAGCAGCUGAUGGCAUUUGUUGUUUUCGGGGGGUAUGUGGACUUUAUGAGGGUUUGCCCGCCCCCACCCCUUCUCCCUGCCUAUAUAUUAAGUGGAGUUUUGAGGGCUACAAGUGGCCUGGUGUUCUGCCGGGCAGUAAGUUUGUUUGCCCCACUUCUAAAGCUGCCAGUCUGCUCUCUUGUUCCCCACUCAUAAUAUGCUACAAAGACUCAGGAGGGGGAAAAGGAGGAUGACCCCAAAAAUAUCCACGACUAAUCACAGCAAGGACUGAACACUUGAACUGUUAAAUGCUGGCACUCAUUUUCCCUAUAACUUGUUAUUUUGCCUUUUGACGUCUCUGCUACAUUUGUGUUUUUUUUUAAUUUAAUGAAAAGCAGAGGCAGGAAAAAAAGACUCUGAACAUCCGAAAAGCUGAACAAAAUGAAAAAAAGGAAAAAAAAAAGAAACAAUAUUUGCAAAAGGGCAAAUGUAAUGAAUAGAACAAAACUAUUUUUAUAGAACUGUGGGGGUAAGUGGGUGGGAUUGUGUCUUUGGGUGGGGGGCGGGAAUUUUUAUUCACCAGCAGGCAUUCCAUUUCUUGAAGAUUUAGCACAGAAAAAUUUGGAGACCACAGUCUAGCAUUCUCCAAGAGUUUAAUAAUAAAAAUUAAAAAAAAAAAAAAUCCAGUUUAAAAAUGACCUAUUAAACCUAUAAGCUUUUAAAAAUUCAACAUCCUGCCAAGAAUAUGCCUUAACAACAAGCAACCCUCUAUUCAUUUUUUUUUCUUUAGCUUAACAAAUACUAAAACUUCCAUUCCAAAGUUUUAAUCUUGUUCCAUUUCCACUGCGUAGUGGGCUGUAUAGCUUAGAACAAUAUUUGUUUAUAUGGAAGCACUCAGUUGAGUUAGUUUAAUUGUUGAAUAACUGCUGAUUUAUUUUUGUUUUAUUAUUAUUAUUAUUUUUUUUUUUUAUAUUAUUAUUUUUAGCUGUCUGAGUUGCUUGCCUGUCACUGCACACAACUCGAUAUGAAACUAUUUAACUUAUUUAUUAUCUUGUGAAAAGUAUACAUUGGUAAUUUGUUCAUACUGUAUUUAUCGGGUAUGAUGAAAGCAAUAGAUAUAUAUUCUUUUAUUAUGUUUAAAUUAUGAUCGCCAUUAUUAAUCUGCAAAAAUGUGGAGUGUAUGUUCUUUUCACAGUAAUAUAUGCCUUUUUUUGUAACUUCACUUUGGUUAUUUUAUUGUAAAUGAGUAAAAUCUUAAUUUAAGAGAUUGUAUGUAAUAUUUAUUUCAUUUAAUUCCUUUUCCUUGUUUACGUUAAUAAAAAAAAAAAAUUGAAUGGUUUCUUCGGAGAAAUCAAUCUCAAUGCUGUGGAAGAAGUUUGAGGAAUUUUUUUUUUUUUUUUUUUCUUUCUCUGUCCCCCUCACAUAUUACCUGUGUAUAAAAUUAAAAAAACAAAAAUGUAAACCCUUUUAAGUGCUAAAAGAAAAAGUGUUUAAUGCGCUGACUCUCCUUAUGGAACACAAAGGGGUUAAGCCCACCCUAAAAUAAAAUAUAUAUUUUGAAACAAAAGCAUUAACAUUUGACUACAGUGACUUACUGUGUUUCAUAGCAACCAAAAAGUAUUUUUAAUUUUAAUUUUUUUUUAAUUUAAAAUUUUCACCUAAUUUCACCGCAAUCACUGUGACUAAAGGUAUGUAGCAAUAAUUGGGGUCCCAGUAUUAUUUUCACAGUGCCUUUUGAAGAGUUCACACUUGCCUUAAAACUUUUCUUAACCAAAAAAGUAUUUUGUUGUGAAGGUGUGAUAAUUUGAAUGUAGGGAUGGGUUUUCUUAUCAUUUUUGUACCACUCUCAUAAGUAAAAAGGCCACAA